AUGGAGGCACAGAAGCGCCUUUUUGGUGACGAGAAUGUUGCGCCCACGAUCCCAGCCAGCAAAGCUGUUCACAAGCGCUCUACAUCUACUUCAGGAUUGGUUGAAGACAGCAAGAAAGUUAUUGCCACGACUAUUACCAACGGGGCAAACGCCAUAAUUCAGCACACACACAACCGCACAUUGUCUACUGGCGGACCUCGUCUUCUGGCUGAUAUCGGCAUUGCCCCGAUCAACCCUGCUGGAAGGGCUCAAGCCGUCAAAGGCCCUAGCCGUACCACGAUUUUCCGGGAUCCUGAUACCCUUCUGGAGGAAACCGAAGACCACGACGAGGAUACGGAGUCUUCCACUGACAGUGAUUCUGUCAAUGGUGAUAACACACAGGAGAAGGAGUUUGACGUUUCUUCAUACACCGCCGUUGAUCCCGGACAUGAGCUGCUUCGGAUUAAGUCUGUUGAUUCAGAUGAUACCGCAUCUGAUGGAGAACAGUCGUACUCUGAUGGGAUUGAUACCUAUGAUACAUAUGGUGCCAUAUCUCAGCUCCCUGGCGGAUAUGAUGACACGACCGGAGCCACUGUAGUCCUGAUUCCCAAGGAGUCCGCUGUUUCCAUCCGCGAGCUGAUCACCGCGAACGAUAUUGUUAGUGCUACACGCUAUAAGCAGGAUCAGUUGGAGGAUGAAUUUGAUAUCACUAUGGUUGCCGAGUAUAGUGACGAGAUUUUUGCAUUCCUUCGCCAGAAAGAGGUUGCUAUGCUCCCGGCCCAUGAUUACAUGGCUAACCAGGCUGAGAUUCAGUGGACCAUGCGCGCUGUUUUGAUGGAGUGGAUCGUUCAGGUUCACAGCCGUUUUGGUCUCCUUCCCGAGACUCUGUUCUUGACGGCUAACUACAUCGAUCGUUUCCUUUCCAAGAAGGUUGUCUCAUUGGGAAAACUUCAGUUGGUUGGAGCAACUGCGCUCUUUAUUGCUGCGAAAUAUGAAGAGAUUACUCCCCCCUCGAUUAAUGAGAUUGUUUUUAUGGUUGAUAAUGGAUACUCCAGGGAUGAAAUACUGAAGGCGGAAAAGUUCAUGCUCAACAUUCUGAAGUUCGAGCUGGGUUGGCCCGGACCAUUGAGUUUCCUUCGUCGUGUUAGCAAGGCUGAUGGCUACGAUCUCGAGACUCGAACUGUGGCCAAGUAUUUCUUGGACAUCACGAUUAUGGACGAACGCUUCGUCUCCACUCCCCCAGCUAUAGUGCCGCUGCGGCACACUGCAUCUCUCACCCCAGCCCAUGCCCACUUCAGCGGAUACAUUUAUCAGCAGUUGGUACCGGCUUUGAAAGUUCUCAUUGAAUGCUGCGAGGACGCCCAUCGCCAUCACGCAGCAAUCUACGAUAAAUAUCAGGAGCGUCGCUUCAAGCGUGCCUCGGUCUUUGUCCAGUGUGAGAUUGAAGGAGGCUUUGUGAUCCCGGAGCCUACUUGGUUGGACAACCCUGACCGUUUUGAUGGUCGCGAGAACUUCUAA